AUGGAUACUAGUUGGAUUGAUUUACCAAGAGGUGAUCCCGGUUAUUUUAAAGGUUGCAUGAACUUCUUGGAACUUGCUAAAGAGACUCUUUUACCAAAUACACAUGAAACUAAAUGCCUAUGUAAUAAGUGCAAGUUAAAUAAAACGAAUUCUAUAGAAGAAGUUGGAGGCCAUAUUUUAUUUUAUGGUUUUUAUAAAAACUAUAGAAAUUGGAUAUUUCAUUGUAAAGAUGAAGGGAGUAAGACCUAUGAUCUAAGUGAUGAUCAAGUAAAUGCAGUUGGCCGAGAUGAUAUGGACGGGUUACUAAGUGCAACUUUUAGAGUUAAUACGCGACAAACCGACAAAACUCAAGAUCCAUCAUUUGAUGAACAAAGUAUUGAAGAUGACAAUUCAUAUGACAUGGAUGAGGGGUUUACGAUUUAUCGCGAGGUAGAUGAUGAGUAUCAAUCAACUUUCUCAAAUGAAGAACAGGCAAAGUAUAAAAAUCUCAUGGAAGCUUCUGAAAAAGGCCUCUACGAGGGGUGUACUACUUUUUCGAAACUUUCAUUUCUAUUGCAUUUGUUUCACCUAAAGUGUAUGUUCCAUUGGUCUGCAGAGUCAUUUAAUAAACUACUUGAACUUUUAAUUGACGCAUUUCCCAUUAUUAAGGAGUUUCCAUCGUCCUAUUAUGAAGGCAUGAAGAUAAUAAAUGAUUUAGGGUUAGGAUAUGAGAAAAUCCAUGCAUGUCCAAAUGACUACAUGUUAUAUUGGGGUGAAUUCGCAAAUAAAAGUGAGUGUCAUAUAUGCCAUACAUCAAGGUGGAAAAAUGUGAAGGGAAAGGAGGGUGAUGUAAAUGAAAAAGGAAAAGAAGCAUGUAAGAAAGGCGAGGCAGCUAAAGUAAUGCGGUACUUUCCCCUUAUCCCUAGAUUAAAGAGGCUUUACAUGUCAUCUAAAACACAGAGGACAUGA